AUGCCUGAUGAAUGUAAAGAAUGUAGGAAAACUUUCUCCCAGAAAUCAGUCUUCAGUGUCCAUCAGAGAAAGCACACUGGAGAGAGGCCCUAUGAAUGUGAAAAAUGUUGGAAAACUUUCUGCACAAAGUCAGACUUCAAUAUUCAUCAGAGAAGGCACACUGGAGCGAAGCCCUAUGAGUGUAAAAAAUGUAGGAAAAUGUUCUCUCCGAAGUCAGAACUCACUGUUCAUCUGCGAAUUCACACAGGAGAGAAACCCUAUGAAUGUAAAGAGUGUAACAAAAGUUUCUCCCGAAAGUCACACCUCACUAACCAUGAGAGGAGGCACGCUGGAGAGAGGCUCAAUGAAUGUAAAGUGUGUAGGAAAACUUUCUCCCAAAAGUCAAGCCUCAUCAUCCAUGAGAGAAGGCGCACUGGAGAGAGGCCCUAUGAAUGUGAAAAAUGUGGGAAAACUUUCUACACAAAGUCAGACUUCAGUAUUCAUCAGAGAAGGCACACUGGAGGAAGCCCUAUGAAUAUAGAGAACGUAAGAAGCUGUCCUGUAAGUCAUCCCUUACUUGACAUUGGUGACUUCACACAGGAGAGAAACCCUGUGCAUAUAAAGGAUGUGGAAUACUUUCUCCUUUAAGUUACCCCUCAUUGAAUUUAGAAGUCACACUGGACAGAAAAACUUGGAAUUCAGGCUUUAAAUGUACAAAAACUUUCACCCAGGAGUCAUCCCUCCUCACAUUUAAACUCCACAGUGUUGUAAUUUUGUGUGAUUGGGCUUGGCCAUGUGUUCACAAACAUACUCUUUUUUUUUUUUUAAUAUUUAUCUUUUUGUGCAUACAAGAACUGGGGUACAGGCCAGCGGUAUGGGAGGUGAGAGGAUUCACCAGAGACAGAGUGGGGAACAGAACAGGUGGAGUGACUGAAAUAUACUGCUGAGGUGGGCAGCGGGCGAGACAGGUGAGGUCUGCAGAGCCCUGUGAGUAGCUCCCUGGCAGGGGAUCGAACUCGUGCUUCAGUGGCUGUGGAUAGCUUCAUAGGUUGUAUCUUAACCCCUUGCACCACCAGGGAGGCCCAAUACUUCCCCUUUGGUGUGAGUCCUGGGCAUGUUAGUCAGGCGGUCUGGAUGUGUCUCAUUCAUGAAUUAAAAAAAAAAAAAGGAACCAAAUAAAAACCACAAUCAGUUGUAGAGGCGAACCAACAAGUCAACGGAAUUGUUUGGGGUCUGGACAUGAGUCACUGGGGAGCCAGGUCUGUCCUCAGUGGUGCUGCAGGUGCCGGCACCCUUGACUGCCUCCAAGCUGUCUCCCCGAAUCUGCAGAACGGGUGGUUUUCAGACGCCUCGUGGGUUUCUGCUGUCUUUAGCUCCCGCUGAUACCGCUUUUCCUGAGCAAAAUUAAGAACAACUCCCGGCUUGACCCUUCCGUGCCCUGAGCCAGGGGAUGCCAGGUCCGCAGCUGCCGAAGGGCGGGCGGGUGAGCACCAGGCAGUCGGGCGACCCGGCGCG